UUCCCGCGCAAGUGGCGGAUGGUGGCUUUCAAAGCUCCUCUCACGAUUAUUUUAUAGAGUUUACAGCGUGACAAGUGUUGAUCACCCGCCGCGGAGAUGGAUACGGAAAUCGAUCAGAAUCUGGAGCAGAUAACGCGCGAAUAUGUCGACUUCCUGGACGACGUGGAGGACCAAGGCAUAUACGCCACAAUGGUUAAAAAUAUGAUUCAGGACGAGAAGUACAGACUGGUUGUAAACAUCAACGAUUUGAGAAGAAAAAAUCCUGCCCGCACGGCGAGUCUGUUAAACAACUCCUUCGAGGAGCAACUGGCGUUUCAGAACGCUCUGAAUCAAUACAUCUCGAGCGUGGACAUCGAUUACGCCAAGGGCAACAAGGAAUUCUUCGUAGCUUUUGAAGGCAGCUUCGGAAACAAGCACGUAACACCGAGAACGCUCACCUCUCGUUACCUGGGUAACUUGGUGUGCCUGGAGGGUAUCGUCACAAAAUGUUCAUUGGUACGACCAAAAAUUGUGAGGAGCGUCCAUUAUUGCGACGUCACCAAGACAGUCCUGGAGAGAGCCUAUUCAGAUCUGACUUCCUUGGAGGCUUUCCCCCACUCUGCUAUUUAUCCGACUACUGAUGAAGAUGGCAAUCCGCUUGAAACGGAAUUCGGUCUGUCGACCUACAAGGAUCAUCAGACGCUCACCAUACAAGAAAUGCCGGAGAAAGCUCCAGCCGGUCAGCUACCACGAAGCGUGGAUAUAAUUUGCGAUAACGAUCUUGUGGACUUGUGCAAGCCUGGAGAUCGAGUGCAGAUCGUCGGAAAUUACCGGUGUCUUCCGGGAAAACAGGGUGGAUACACAACUGGAACUUUCAAGACGGUCCUAAUUGCCAACAACAUAAUGCAACUCAGUAAAGAAGCCAAUCUUGCGAUCUCCCAUGAUGAUGUAGCUAUGUGCAAGAAACUGGCGAAGCAUAAUCCCUGCAAAAAUAUCUUCGAACUUCUCGCCAAGUCCCUUGCACCAUCCAUACACGGCCAUGAAUAUAUAAAAAAAGCGAUUCUGUGCCUUCUCUUGGGUGGAGUAGAGAAGAUUUUGCCAAACGGUACGAGGCUGAGAGGAGAUGUAAACGUAUUAUUAAUUGGAGAUCCGUCGGUGGCCAAGUCACAACUAUUACGUUAUGUGUUGUGUACCGCUCCACGAGCAAUUCCGACUACUGGAAGAGGAUCUUCCGGCGUUGGUUUAACGGCGGCGGUUACGGUCGAUCAAGAGACCGGUGAACGCAGAUUGGAAGCGGGCGCGAUGGUCCUGGCGGACCGCGGCGUCAUUUGCAUCGACGAAUUCGAUAAGAUGUCGGACAUCGACAGGACGGCGAUACACGAGGUGAUGGAGCAAGGCAGAAUCACGAUCGCGAAGGCGGGCAUUCACGCCAGCCUGAAUGCGCGUUGUUCGGUGCUAGCGGCUGCGAAUCCUGUGUAUGGGAGAUACGAUCAGUACAAGACUCCCAUGGAGAAUAUCGGCCUACAGGAUUCUCUGUUGUCACGUUUCGAUCUGCUCUUCGUUAUGCUGGACGUGAUUGAUUCAGAUCAGGAUCACAUAAUCAGCGAUCACGUUGUCCGGAUGCAUCGAUACAGAAGUCCUCUGGAACAAGACGGGGAGGCUUUGAGCUUGGGCUCAAAGCUGGACAUGUUGACCACGAAGAAUCCGGAUGAUGUAGCUACUGAGGAGACGCAAUCCGAAGUUUAUCAGAAAUACGAUCCGCUUCUGCACGGCCAAACGCGUUCUAAAAACGAUCAGAUCCUCACCAUACAGUUCAUGAGAAAAUACAUACACAUCGCGCGGUGCAUGAAGCCCAAGCUCACGGAAGAGGCUAGCGCCGUUAUCGCGGAGGAAUAUUCGAAACUUCGAUCGGAGGACAUGGUGGAAUCCGAUGUUGCGAGGACUCAACCGGUGACCGCGAGAACGCUGGAAACGUUGAUUCGGUUAUCCACGGCAUAUGCGAAAGCGCGACUUUCGAAGAAUGUGGAGAGCGAGGAUGCACUCGCCGCGAUAGAACUCGUACAGUUCGCCUACUUCAAACGCGUGUUGGAGAAAGAAAAGAGGAAGCGACGACGUCACGAUAGCGACGCAUCGGAGAACGCGGACGACUUUGAUGAGGGCAGACAGGCGAAGCGCUCUAAAAGGGCGACGGAAAAGUCAGGUGAAGUCGACCCGUACGAAUACGACAGUGACGACGACCAUAUCGAGCAAGCAACCAGAAGAAUAACCAGGACACAAACGCAAAAGGCCAGCACCACGCACAAAUCGCCCAGCGACAGCGGUCAUAUGGAGACCGACGGGGCGGAAUCCUCCGUUCCCGAAACCGCGACAGCGACAGCGACGCCGACAGCGACGCCGACGAUCACACAAGAAAGACUCGCGGUUUUCAAAUCAUCGCUUAAUAAGUUGUUCCAAGAUCGAAGGGCUCAGAAUAUUCUGAAGACAGAAGUCAUCGAUUAUCUGAACACAACGCUUUCUCUAAACUUCACACCUGACGAGAUUAACGCCGCUAUCAUCACCAUGACGGACGCAAAUCAGAUCAUGGCUGUGGACGACUACAUCUUCCUGAUAUAAAACGUUUUUGUAAUGUUUCAUUAUUACAAUUCGUUAUUAUGUUUUCACUAACUAAAGCGAGUGAUAUUUUUAGACCGUUAAUCAAAUAAAAUAAAGCUGAUCACUCGCUGCAACUACGUUAAAUUAUGAGAAACAAAAAAUCAUUUAUAGCUACAGUGAAUAGUUAUGCUCUUUGUAAUUUAUGCGAGUCUUUGAGAGAGAUAUUUUUUAUACCGUUUGUAAUGUACGCUAGCGAUCGAGUAAUAUUAAUAAUAAGCUGUACACGUUUACGAAUAA